CAGCAGCAGCGCGGAGGAGGCCGCGUAUGCAGGCGCAGCAGAGCCAGCAGCAGCAGCAGCUGCAGCAGCAGCAGCAGCAGCUGCAGCAGCAGAAGUGUCAGCAGCAGCAGCAGAGGACGCCGAAGGUGCAGCUGAGGGAGACCCCAGGGAGAGCUGCGGCGAUGAUGCAGCGGGGAGCGGCAUGGCAGCAAAGCCUGCUGCUGCUGCUGCUGCUGCAGCAGCAGCAGCAGCAGGAAGCGGCACUUUCGUGCUGCAGUCCGAAACAGAGAGACUCGUAAGAAGCUGGUGGCUGCGGCGGCACUUAGCAGCAAAGCUGCAGCAGCGGCAGCUGCUGCUGUCGCUGCUGGGGGAAGUGCAGCAGCGGCGCUACGAGCUGCUUGCUGCUGCUGCAGCAGACCUGCGGGAGGCCGACAGGGAGGAGCAGCAGCACGAGCUGGAGGCCUUCAAGCAGCAGCAGCAGCAGCAGCUGCAGCAGCUCUACCAAGACAUGCUGCGCAAACGCGAGCAGCAGCGGGAAGAAAGAGACAAGGCGCUGCAGCAGCAGCACGAAGCAGCUUUGCGGCGGCUGCGAGACAAGCGCCGCAGGCCAGGGGACACAGAAGAAGCAGCAGCAGCAGCAGGAACAGCAGCAGCAGCAGCAGCUCCAGCUGCGCCCCAGGCCGGAGGCGCAGCGCAGCCACAGUUGAGCAGCAGCGGCCCUGACGUACCUGCAGCGUCGGCGAGAACAGCAGCAGCAGCAGCAGCAGCAGCAGGCUUGGACCCGAAGUUGGCUUCACCGUCACCACCGCUGCAGCCAUACGCUGUAGAGGAGCUGCAGCAGCAGCAGCAGCAGCAGCAGCAGCAGUCUGCAGAGGGUAGCGAUCCGUGUCUGCUGCCGUGGAACGGGGACACGCCUUGCAGCGACGCAGUAGGGCUCGCUCAGCAGCAGCAGCAGCAGCAGCAGCAGCAGCAGCAGGAGCAGCUCUUGGGGAGGGCCCACUUGACCCGCAGCAACAGCAGAAAGGGCCUCAGGCAGCGCACUAGGGGGGCCCUCUUCUCUUCUGCUUCUGCUCCUGCUGCAGCACUGGGUGGGUUGCUGCAGCAGCCUUGCGAUGCAGCAGCAGCAGCAGCAGGGGCCUCAGAAGCAGCAGCCAGCAGCAGCACGAGCAGCAGCAACGCUGCUGCUAUUCGCUCCAGCACCCGCUUCACGCGUUCUAGUCUGCGCACAGCAGCACGUGCUGCUCGCAGGGCGCUGCUGCCUGCUGCUGCUGCUGCUGCUGCUUCGGGUGCUGCUGCUGCGGGGUCCCCACUGGUGCAGGGCUCUGCAGCAGCGGGAGCAGCAGCAGCAGCAGCCACGGAGCAACACAGGCAGCAGCACCAGCAGCAUAUCUUGCUGCCAGCAGGCCUCACAGCGUCGCAUUUGGCCGCCUUCAAUGCGAGUGCUGCUGCUCUGAAACAGAAUGCAGUGCCCUCAGCAGCAGCAGCAGCAGCUGCUGCGGCAACGCAGCAGCAGCAGCAGCAAGCAGCAACAGCAGCUCUGCAGCAGCUUGGACUCACUGCAGGCCAUCGCAGAGCUGGCGCGGCAGCAGCAGCAGCAGCAGCAGCACAGGCAUUACCUGCAGCAGCUGGCAGCUGCAGCAGCAGCAGCAGCAGCAGCAGCAGCGCGUCUUUGACAUGCGAAAGUAGCCGAUCUGAGCAGCAGCAGGCCUCAGCCACAGGGAUACUUGCAGCAGCCGCUCCAACGGCGGCAGCUUUGUCCCCUGGAGGAGGCAGCAGCAGCAGCAGUAGCAGCAGCAGCAGCAACAGCUCCGCAGCCCAGCAGCAGCAGCAGGCCCCAUCGCCGUCAAGACCUCCUGCUUACCCCCCGCUGCAGCAGCAGCUACUGCAGCACCAGCUGCAGCAGCAACUGCUGCAGCAACACAUCCAAAACCAGCAGCAAACAAAGAACCAAGGGGUUAGUCAACAGUUGCAGCAGCAGCAGCUGCUUUUGCAGCAGCGGCAGCAGCAACUGCAGCAGCAGGCGUCGCAGCAGCAGCAGCUUAUGUUGUUGCAGCAACGUGCUGCUGCCUUACAGGCAGCAGCAACUCAAGGUCAGCAGCAGCAGCAGCAGCAGCAGCAGCAGACACAGACGCAAAGCCAGUUGGCGUCGGGACUGCAGCAGCUGUUGGGGCAGCCGUCGCAGCAGCAGUACACUCAGCAGCAGCUCCAGCUGUUGCAGCAGAUACAACAGCAGCAGCAGCAGCAGCAGCAGCAAGGCCAGCUCCCGGCGGGCAUUCACGCUGCAUCAGUGCAGCAGCUGCUGCAGGCCAGGCAGCAGCAAUUGCUCCAGCAGUUCCAGUUGCACCAUUUGCAAGUAAAGGUGCAGCAGCAGCAACAGAUGCAGCAAUUACAGCAGCUACAACAACAGCAACAGCAGCUGCAGCAGCAAAAUCAGCAGCAGCCGCAGCAGCAACAAACGCAGCAGCAGCAACAGCAGGCGCAGCAACUGCACCAGCUGCAGCAGCUCCAACAGCUUCAACAGCUACAAAGCAAGUUGCAGCAGCAGCAGCUACAGGGACGUUUGGGAGGAUCUGCACAGUUUCCCCCGCAGCUGCUGCAGCAGCGGCUGCUGCAGCAGCAGCUAAUGCAGCAGCAAGUGCUGCAGCAGAGGCAGCAGCAACUGCAGCAGCAGCUGCAGCAGAUGCAACAGCAGCAGGACGGCGCGCAGAUAGCUGCUCGACUGGCAGCUCUUAGCAGCGAGGGCAGCAGCAGCAGCGCAGCACUGCAGCAGCUCCAGCGAGCUGCUUCGGCGGGGCACCCUGUAGCAGCAGCAGCUGCUGCUGCACUGCAGCAGCAGCUGGGCACUUUUUCUGCUGCACAUUCCCCUGCAGGCACUAUUGUUCGCCCUGCAGCAGCCCCAGCAGUCUCGCAGCUGCUUCCUGCUGCAGCAGGAGCAGCAGCAGCAGCAGGAGGGCUGCUGUGUUCUCCGGGAUCGUCUCUGCUGCCGCCUCCCCAGGGGUCGCCGCUGCUGUCGAGUGCUGCUUCUGCUGCUGCUGCGGCUGCUCUGUCUUUGUCGCUGCCGCCGUCAGUUGCUGCUGCUGCUGUUGCUGCUGCUGCGUGCGAGGCCCCAGGGUCGCGGGCUGCGGCCAAAUCGACGGCCCAGCCAGCUGCAGCCGCAAACACUGCAGCAGCAGCAGCUGCUUCUGCUGCUGCAGCAGCAGGGGGCUCCCCGGAAGCAGCAGCAGCUGCAGCUGCAGCAGAUGCUGCCUCGCUGCACAGAGAUUCAUCGGGUUCUAGUGCUGCUGCUGCGCUGCAUGCAGCAGAAGUUCCCAGUGCAGAGAAGUCGGGUGGUGCAGAGUCCCUGUGGCAGCAGCAACAGCAGCAGCCGCGUGACGGAACAUUACAGCAGCAGCAGCAGCAGCAGCAGCAGCGAAUUUCGCUCAAGAGCCCAGAGCAGCUCGUGGCUGCUGCUGCAGCGUGGGGUUCCUCUAGGGAGGCUGCUGCACCCCAACAGCUGGAAGCAGCUCUUCCAGAGGCUGCAGCCAGGGUCUCGCUCUCCCUGGCAGCUGCAGAUCCUAGGACUGGCGGAACAGGGGCGCAGAGCUGCAGCAGCAGCAGCAGCAGCGGCAGCAGCAGCAGCAUGUUCAGCAACGCCUCGCCGUUCGGGGCCUCCAACACAGGCCAGGGCCUCUUCGGGGUGCAGCAGCAGCAGCCUGCUGCUGCUGGGGGCCUCUUUGGUUCUGCUGCUUCCACGCAGCCCGGCAGCAGCAGCUUAGGCACAGGACUGUUCGGGCAGCAGCAGCAGCAGCCAAGCAGCGGGGGCCUUUUCGGAAGCUCCCUGAGCACUGGGGGGGGCCUCUUUGGGCAGCAGCAGCAGCAGCAGCCGCAGCAAGCCACUGGGGGCUUCUUUGGUGCUGCAGCAAACACUAACACUGCAGCAGGAACUGGGGGGGGCCUAUUUGGCAGCAACACGGGCUUUGGGCAGCAGCAGCAGCAGCCGCAGCAGGGCGGGCUGUUUGGCAGCACCACUGGCUUCGGGCAGCCGCAGCAGCAGCAGACCACUGGUCUCUUUGGCAGCAGCAACAAGUUCGGGCAGCCGCAGCAGCAGCAAACUGGCGGGCUCUUCGGCAGCACAGCAGCACCUGCAGCAGGAACGGGGCUCUUUGGCAGCAGCAGCAGCAGCGCCUUCGGGCAGCCGCAGCAGCAGCAGGGGGGCCUCUUCGGCAGCAGCAGCACAACGGGCUCCACGGGGCUUUUCGGGCAGCCGCAGCAGCAGCAGCAGACCACUGGUCUCUUUGGCAGCAGCAGCAACACGUCCAGCGGGGGCCUCUUUGGUGUCUCCAGCAGCACAAAUGCAUGCUUCGGGGAGUUCGCCGUUCGGGGUGGCUGCCCUGGGCUCGCAGCAGCAGCAGCAGCAGCAGCAGCAGCAGGAGCAGCAGCUGCUGCAGCAGCCCUUCAGGCCCUACAGCGCCGAAGAUGGCUCUGUUAUGACCAUCUGCCACGGGCCUUUUGA